GCUCCACCGGACUCGUGAACUCGUACUUCUUGCCACACCUAUCCUGUCUCGCAUCAGCCUCGUACACUACACUGCACUGGGCUUCUGGGACCGAUGAAAACGAAGCGAAAUUGGCGAUCGACGCUCCUGCUUGCCGCCGGCUUCUUCCUGGCGACGUCAACGCCGGGUGCGCGCGCGCAGGACCUGACGGACGAUCAGCUGAGCGCGGUCAAGGACCGUCUCGCGGAGGGCGCGACACACAGCUGGGAGAUUGGCACUCGCACUCAGGCACUCAUCGAGGACGACACCUCUUCGUACUCGGUACUCAGCAACAACGGCCUCCCCCCGUCGCAGCAGGCUCCGUCCUCUCUCGAUGAAGUCAUCUCUAUCGCGCGCGAGGUCGUUCAAAAUCGUACGAAGGCGGAUGUGCAGGGCCCACAGCCGCUGAUGGACGCGAACGGCGGCGCAGCGGGCGAUCCGCCAAGCAUUGGGGUAGCCGUUCUGCUCGCGAACUGGACGGGAGCGGGGGCGCAGGAUGGGCAGGACUAUGCUGGAGCGGCGGCGAGUCAGCUGGAGUUCUUGCUGGAGAAGGUGCCCAAGACAAGCGACGGGGCUAUCUCGCACCGGACGGAGCAGCUACAACUAUGGUCGGACUUCGUGUACAUGGUCCCACCCUUCCUCGCGUACUACGGUGUGCUCACGCAGAACCAAUCCCUGGUCCAGCAAGCAUACGACCAAUGCCGUCUGUAUCGCCAAUACCUAGUAGACGACGACGCAGGCGGUAUGUGGAAACACAUAGUGAUGGGCGACAACACGGACAGUGGUCACUGGUCUACAGGAAACGGAUGGGCAGCUGCUGGCAUGCUGCGGGUUCUCGGUACCAUCCAACACUCGCAAUAUUCGAGCAACAUGCAGGAACAGGCAAAGAACCUCACUAACUGGGUCUCGGAGAUCCACACCGGAAUAUACCCGCAUCUGCGCACAAACAGCUUAUUUGGAAACUACGCGGACGACAGCUCGUCGUUUGACGAUGCUUCCAGCACGGCGAUCCUCGCCAGCACCGUCUACCGCCUCGCGGUCCUCGCUGGCAUCCACACGCACCUUCCCGAUGCCGAGAAAUGCCGCAAGGCACUUUCCGCACCCUCCUCCAACUCCACCAGUUCCGCCUCCUCCUCGUCCACCGCGACGGCCCCCGCCAGCUCUUCGACUAGCGCUAGCACGUUGGAGCACUUCACAUCCGACAUGUGGCUCACGCCCGUCGUGAACCCAAACCAGUUUGGGAUCGAGGGCGAGCAGAGCCCCGAGGGCCAGGCGUUCGUCGUCGAGAUGUACGCCGCGUGGCGCGAUUGGACCGCGGUGGGCUCCCCUGGCGCCAAUGCCGCCAGCCGGGUACAUGGCGCGGGCGCGAUGUUCUUGUGGGUUUGUGUGGGUGUUGUGUUGACAUUGCUGUUUGGGAUGUGAGGGGGUGUAGGCUGCAGACGGACGUUGACGCGAAGAACGAUCUUAGAGAGGAUAUUACCCGUAUCUAGACCCCAGGGGUCAUCCCAUGUUUCACGAUGCUGUAAUUGGCUUCUUUACUUUGUUUUAUUAGCGUAGACUGUUUUCAUUUGGGUAGCUUUCGAGCUUUCGAUACCAUACUACAAGUGUUGUAAUACAUAUUCACAUGCUACGCAAUCCUUUCCUUGCUGUGAGUUCAGAAAAGCCACGUCUGUCCUCAGCCUCUAGCAACUCGGCGGUAUGGUACUUCCAGAACACAUCAUAUACAAGCGAUCGGCGGAGAAGCCAUAGAUGCAUGUACCGUGCAUAACCAAGUGACUGCAUGCAUAACCGUGCUCAUCCGUAAGCCAACCGAGCCGGUGUCAACAGCAUACUAAUGCACAACCAUCACAGUCAUCCGCAGCGCCUUCGCGAUCCCAAUGAAGUCCCGCGUAGGCGGUCCUUCCGCAACACUCACGGCCAUCUCGCCCUCGCACUCCGCUACGUCGGC